AUGGCUGCCAGCUUGCAAGGCCACCAGGUCCAUCCCGGCGGCCGCACAUGGAAGAGCCACUUUCCUAAUGGUGAUCUGUGGGUCUUUGGAUACGGGAGCUUGAUCUGGAAACCACCGCCGCACUACGACCAGCGGGUCCCGGGCUACAUCGAUGGCUACGUGCGUCGGUUUUGGCAGCUAGCGAAGGUCGAGUCCGAAUCAGCCUCUACAGGCAAGGUCUGGGGUGCGGCGUACCACAUCCCCUCUUCACAUGCGGAGGAGGUCCACGACUACCUCGACGAGCGCGAGAUCGACGGAUAUAGUGUGCACUACACGCCCUUCCACCCGUUCUCCGAGGGCUCCACGAUGGUCGCCGGAGACCUCGCUCCGAUCAUCUGCAUGGUGUACAUCGGGCAGCCUAGCAACCCGCAGUUUCUGCGUGAUCCUGCGCAGCGCGAGCCGCAAGAUGUUGCGCAGUUUAUUAGCGCUGGACAUGGACAGAGUGGGAAAGGGACCGAGUAUCUCUAUCUGCUGGAGAAAUCGCUUCAGGGUCUGGGGCUGGGGACGGCGGAUGUACAUGUCACCGAUUUGGUCAGACGGGUGAAGGCGAUAGAGGCUGUGGGUGAGGGCGAAGAGGAAGAGAGGGAGGCCGAGGAGAAUGUCAAGCGAUCUUUGGCGACAGCUGAGGCCGUGGCAAAGGGAGACAAUAUUGAGUGA